GGAAGAAGUAUACUUUCAAGAUAGCAUUUCAGUCACCUUUUCUGUGCGCUAUGUGAUGCUGGAUUUCCACAGUCGACAAGUCCGUGGCCUGCCAUGGAUCGAAGGAGGAGAUAGUAGCGGAAAGCAGCCGAAUUUGGGGACGGGAUGGCGUUCUUGGACAACCCCACCAUCAUCCUGGCUCACAUUCGACAGUCCCACGUGACCAGCGAUGACACCGGGAUGUGCGAAAUGGUCCUGAUCGACCACGACGUGGACCUGGAGAAGAUCCAGCCCGCCUCGGCCAACGGGGACAGCAGCUCGGAGCCCCCGGCGGGCAGCGGCGAGUCGCAGGGCUACGUGUACUCUCAGUCCGUUGACAUUACCUCAAGCUGGGAUUUUGGUAUUAGGAGGCGGUCCAACACGGCUCAGAGACUCGAACGGCUACGGAAAGAGAGGCAAAAUCAGAUAAAAUGUAAGAAUGUGCAGUGGAAAGAGAGAAAUACAUCCUGUUCAGUGGAGGAGCUGAGCAUGCUGUUUGAGAAGAAGAACUUCAGAAUAAAACCCACGCACACCUCUAAGCCCUCCAUCCUGUCGGUUCGGCUGGAGCAAUGCCCCCUGCAGCUGAACAACCCGUUCAACGAAUAUUCGAAAUUUGACGGCAAGGGCCACAUUGGCACGACUGCAACCAAAAUAAUUGACGUCUACCUCCCGCUUCACGCGAACCAGGAUAAGUUGCAACCCAUGACGGUCGUGACGAUCGCCAACGCUAAGGUGCAUGACUUGAUAGGACUCAUCUGCUGGCAGUACACAAGCGAAGGACGAGAACCCAAACUCAAUGACAACGUCAGCGCUUAUUGUCUCCACAUUGCGGAAGAUGACGGCGAGGUCGACACAGAUUUCCCCCCCUUGGACUGCAACGAGCCCAUCCACAAGUUUGGCUUCAGCACCCUGGCGCUGGUGGAGAAGUACUCAUCCCCCGGCUUGGCGGCCAAGCAGUCCCUCUUCGUCCGAAUAAACGCUGCGCAUGGAUUCUCGCUCAUCCAGGUGGACAGCAUGAAGGUCACCAUGAAGGACGUUUUGCAGAAGGCUUUGAAGCGGAGGAAAGGAUCUCAGCGAGGCACAGGCCCUCAGUACCGUCUGGAGAAGCAGAAUGAGCCCAACGUCCCCGUUGACUUGGAUUGUACUCUGGAAAGCCAAAGCACUCUGGAAUUCUGCCUCGUUCGGGAGAAUAGUUCAAGAGGAGAGGAAGUUCCCGAGGAAGAUCCACAGAUCGACAUCGCGACGGUCCAGGACAUGCUGAGCAGCCACCAUUACAAGACCUUCAAAGUCAGCAUGAUCCACAGGCUUCGGUUCACCACGGACGUUCAGUUAGGGAUCUCGGGAGACAAGGUGGAGGUGGAUCCGGUGACCAAUCAGAAAGCCAGCAAGUUUUGGAUCAAGCAGAAGCCCAUCUCCGUUGACUGUGAACUCCUCUGUACCUGUGACCUUGUGGAAGAAAAGAGCCCAAGUCAUGCAAUAUUUAAACUCACAUAUCUAAGCAACCAUGACUACAAACAUCUCUACUUUGAAUCGGACGCUGCUACAGUCAACGAGAUUGUGCUGAAGGUGAACUACAUCCUGGAAUCGCGCGCCAGCACCGCCCGAGCGGAGUACCUGGCCCAGAAGCAACGGAAACUGAGUCGGAGGACCAGCUUUAGCUUCCAGAAGGAGAAGAAGUCCGGGCAACAGUGAGAGUCUAGGCGGGUCUCUAGACAGACGCAAAGGGACGAGACAUCGGCCAGCCUUCGGACAAAAGCCACGACGUCGCACCAACAACAACAACCUGGGGGAGGAGACUCCGGAGCUCCGGCUGCCGAUGGCUGGGGGCGCAGCAGGGGAGGAAAAAUAAAAUAACUGUUCAUUUACAGGUUGGCAGGAUGGAGGCCACUUUUGGCAAACGGGCGCUGCCCUUUUGAUGGAAAUCAAGAGCCAUAUCAACCCGAAAGAGGACCGCGGGGCAUUUGAGACCUCCAAGUGGGGGCAAGGGCGGCAGGAAAAGACGCCCCUCUAGGCCUGACAUCUUGUUUCUUUUUUUGGGGGGGGGUGAAUUCUGUUUUUGUUUGUUUGUUGGCUUUUCUUUUCUAGGACUCUCUAAAGUAACCAUUGCGAGCAAAGCCACCUGCGGGCUGGCCGAGCAAUUCUGCAAAAAAAAAAAAAAGGUCCAGAGGCUCAACCUUAACACGGCCUCCAUCCAUAACACAUCCAACACAGAGACACACCCACAAACGUAUGGCUUGUGACUUGGAUUACAUUUCUUUACAAAAACAAAACUUGUAGGACAAUUGUAUUCAUUUUUACUACUAAUAAACCAGGUCUAAUCUUUCUCUAA